AUGGCGGCACCAUCACCGGCCUUCGCACCAAUAUCGCCCGACGAUCACCGAGGACUGCUCUGGAUAGCGGCCAUAUUGAGUCUCAUUUUCGUGCUCUUGACCUUCAGCGCGCGGUUGUACGUCAGGAAGCGCAUGCUCGGGCGCGAUGACUAUGCCAGCAUCGCAGCAGUGGUCUUGGGCGUUGCGCAGUACGCUGCCGUCUUCGCGGGCAUGUCUCUCGGCCUGGGAUCAUCCGAGGCGCUGGUGGGGGAAGGGACUGGCAGGAUAUUUCUUGCAUCGGAAGCCCUGUUCAUCUGCGUCUUGUACAUGGCCAAAUUUGCCGUGCUCUUGGCCACGGAGCGACUCCUCGCGGGAAAAAUGAAGACGGUUCGCAGACUUUGCAUCGUGAUUCGCGUCGUCGUUGGGCUGGGUGCUUCGGCAUCGCUUCUCGCCAUCAGUGUGGGCUGCUCCGCCGGUAGCCUUCUCGUGCCGCAGAGCUACGAGGGCUGUGACGGCCAGGUAUGGCGAUGGACAGCAGUGUCACUGGUAGACGGCGGUAGACGGUUACCGAAGGGUUCUACAACCAACAAGCGUUCUAUUGCCCAAUUCUUCAACCUCGAUGCCAAUGACCAGAAGGAGCAAGCAUUCAUUAACAAGCUAAAAAACCAAUUCGAUAAAGAUGUCUUCCAAUCUCUCUUGCUUGCUUGGAUCACCGAGUCGAAUGUUGCCUUCCGCGCAGUUGAAGCCCCUCGAUUCCGGCGUCUUCUCGAAUACCUCAAUCCCUCGAUCGCCCUGACUCAAGCCCACAUGACACACUCGACUAUUCGAACGAAGCUUUUCCAAGAAUACCACCAGUACAAGCAUAUUGUGAUAAAGGAACUGAGGGAGCGCCCCGGGCAGAUACACCUUGCGUUUGACGGCUGGAGAUCGCCCAAUCGCUAUGCGCUUAAUGGGAUUGCUGCGUUCUAUCUCUCUAAGGAAAAGCGGCCACAGAAGAUCAUCCUUGGGCUCCCUGAACUCCGAGAGUCUCAUACUGGCGAGAAUAUAGCGUCGCAGGUGGCGGAAGUGAUCGAAUCAUUCGAGAUUCAAGACAAGAUCGGGAAGCAGAGACGGGUCCGCUGCUUUGGGCAUAUCAUCAAUCUCGUGGCCAAAGCGCUGCUCUUUGGCAAAGAUAAUGAAGUCUUCAAAUCAGAAGAGCGACUCGACCUGGACCUUGCUCGACAUGAUCUCUGGCGGAAGAGGGGGCCUAUUGGCAAGCUCCACAACCUUGUCCACUGGAUUCAUCAAUCGGAUAGGUUAACGUACAUGCUUCGGGAUCUACAACGCAAGAGGGACAUGAUCAGCCACUUUCGGAAUAUUCUUAAGCACUUCGAAAAUGCCAUCAAGGCCCUCGAGGAGAUGCCCAGAUUCGGAAAGCUCAAGCUGACCCUGAUCAUUCUUCUCGGUCUCAGAUUCAUCUGUCCGGUUUUCAUGGGAACCCAUACCUCGGCAGUCUCUUCAUUCCUCUCGAGCUCCGAUCCUGCGGUGCGCGUUGUAUCCCCGCUGGUCUGGCAGCAGAUUGCCUUGGGAGUUUCCAUACUGGAAUGGGCGUAA